AUGAACUCACUCGAAAUGUCGAGUCCCGUCACGAGGAAGUCAUCGCCUACGAUCGCAACCCAAGAAGACCGCGGCUCAGCCCCGACGCAAGCGCCAAAGCCCUGGAAACGCCUUUUGAAAGUCAUCAGCUGGACGCCACCAAAUUGUCGGCAUUCCCCUGACGGAAGCUUCCCUUUCACUUGGUCGCUGAACCUCCUCUUCAGCCUAGCAAGUGUCAUCACGGUUGGGAAUCUCUACUACGCAUAUCCAGUCUUGAACAAGAUUGCCGAUGACUUCGAAAUCACCUACGAGACGGCCUCGCUGAUCCCAACUGUUCUUCAAGCUGGCUAUGGAGCCGGCAUCCUGCUGCUUUGCCCUCUUGGAUACCAGGUGCGACUAAGACCAUUCACCCUCACGUUGGUCCUGGCUUCGACGCUGAUGUGGCUUGGCUUGUGCGUCACGAAAGUCUUUCCUGCCUCUUGCGCUCUUCACUUUAUCGCGGGCUUCACAUCUGUUACUCCACAGAUGAUGCUCCCUUUGGCUCACUCUAUUGCGCCCCCCGCCAAACGAGUUAGAGCCAUGUCCAUUGUCUUUGCCGGCCUCAUGUUUGGUCAGGUGCUCCCCCGCAUUCUAUCAGGGGCGAUGACAUCCUUCGUCAACUGGCGAUACGUUUACUGGACCGCGUUGGGGUUACAGGUCACACUCUUCGGGUUACUGUGGCUUUUCUUCCCAGACUACCCGCCCAAAAACGCAAAGUCAAGCAUCAACCUCGUCCAACAGCUAUGGAGAGUUGUUCGUCUUGCCUCCACUGAGCCGAUUUUGGCUUACGGGUGCAUUGUAUCGCUUCUGUCCAAUGCUGCAUUGUCUUCUUUUUGGACCACGCUGACUGCGCUGCUUGCUUCGCCCCCAUUUGGCUUCUCCCCUCUGCAGAUUGGCCUCUUCUCUCUUACGGCCAUUGCUCCAGUUGUCAUGGUUCCCCUAUACAGCUCACUCGUCGUCGAGUAUGUUCCCACGUAUCUAGCGGCGAGCAUCUCCCUGGUCUGUGGUAUCGCAGGCGUCGCCAUUGGCACUUUUACCGGCACAUUCAGUCUCGUUGGACUUGUAUUCCACGCUCUGGCAGUCGACUUCGGUGUGGAUUCCACAAGCGUUGCAUACCGCUCUGCAAUCUAUGGUGCUGUCCCCAAAGGAAGUAAUCAAGCCAACGCUGCUUAUACAGCAUGCUCAUUCGUUGGACAAACCAUUGGGACCAAGGUUGGCAACACUUUAUAUGUUCGGCAAGGUUGGAAGGGAGUAGGGAUAGCCGGAAUGGCAUUCUUGGCAAGUUCCAUACUGAUUACUUUGGCGAGAGGACCGCGUGAAGUCCGGUGGUUUGGCUGGAGAGGUGGCUUCUUUCCACGUAAAGAAAAGGGAUCACAAUCCGAUAGCGCAACGAAUACAAACUGA